UGAAAAUCAGUCAAUAACGCGUACAGAUAGGAAACUCGCGUCCCGGUCGUUCCUAAACCAACUAAACGCAAAUUAGACACGAAAAAACGUGUUUUUGUACCAAAAUUAACAUUAAUUUUUAAGUACAAGCUUUCCUACUAUUAAAAUGGCACUAAUUUUAAAUAUUACUUUUUGAUUUCAAUAGGAUUUUUACGAAAGAGUGUUAUUGAUUGCGCUGCGUAUAUAGUUACUAUUUUGAUUCAGAAUAAUGGAGAAGAUUCUGGAAUGCAACCGAAAUAAUAUUUUGAUAGCCAUUUUUAUUACACUAUGCUGGUCACCCACAGGCAACGCCAUAGACUGCUUCAAAUGCGUCUCAAUGAACGGUCGGUUCCCGGCGUGCGACGAUCCGUUUCACAACAACCACAGUCUUCAGAUGCUGGAGUCGCCCUGCAUGGGGGGACGGAAGGGGAGGGACGGCCUGUUCCCCGCUACUUCUUGUAUUAAAAUCGCUGGGGUUUUUGAUGACACCGGCGAGACGAUAACAGUCCGCGGCUGCGGGUUAGACUCCGGCACGGCGACCACCGACACCGAGAUCAUAAGGAUGUCACAUUGCGGACGAUUCUAUUAUGAUGACAGAUACGUCCACGGUUGCCUACAAAGUUGCAACGAUGCAGACGCCUGUAACAACGCUGAAAAUAUUCGCACAAACUUACCAAUACUAGCUAUUAUAUACCACGCAUAUAAGUUAUUUUCUAGCUAACAGAUCUCAAGUAUAAAACAUACUAUAUAAUAAAUAAAUAUAUCGCUACCGUAGAUAUACAUAUGUGUAUAAUUUCUAAGUCAGUUGCACCAUUUAACUAUAACGAUAACCAAACCAUAACCAGUCGUAUACUUGCCGCGCAUUGCUCACAUCGACGAUUUGACAACUGGGACCCGAUUCUCCUAAGUUAAUAAUGUCAAAAUUGAAUCGCAAUAGCAGUUUUAACCUUAGCGGGCAUUCUGCUACUAAUAUAAGACCAAUAACCAAACCUUCGAUUGGUUUGCGAUUGGACUGCCAUUUGGUCUAUACCAGUGGUUCUUAACCUUUUUGACAUGAGGGACCACUUUGACUAAAGUUUGUCUUGCCGGGGACCACCUCAUCGGUUUACCUAAAUUAGUACUCAUUUCUUUAUUAAUUAUUAAAAAAAAAACUGAAUUUUUGGGUCAGUUCUACUCAAAGCUAAACGCAUGUCGGCAGUUGUGUAGGUAAGCAAAUGCAAAUAAAGAAAAACUUGACUAUGUAGUUUCCAAAUGCGCGAGCGAAGCGAGCGCGAAAUUUUUAUCGGACUUCAACCAAAUAUUACGCAAAAUUUAGCCCAAACGUACUUAACUUUUUGUUUGUUGACAAAUGCAAAAAUAAGGGCAUACAAUUUCUGAAUACGCGAGCGAAGCGAGCGCGAAACUUUAAUUAUUUUUUAAGACUCAAAACCAAAAUUACGGAAAAUGUGGCCCAAACAUACAUUUUCAUGAAUGGGGGGGACUAGGUACGACGACACACCCGAUAUACGUCCAUGCGAAAACCCCCGCUCGCAAUUAUAAGUCGAUAAAAAUUAAGUUAGAUAACGUAUAGCAAAGUUGCGAAGCAAAGCGGACCACUUGGAAUGCCUCCAGGGACCACCAGUGGUCCGCGGACCACCGGUUAAGAACCACUGGUCUAUACGGUAGUUUGCUCUACAAUCAUAUUGCAAUCGUAAAUCAUUUGCAGACAAUAUGAUUUAUAAUUGAAUCACAGAAACGGAUAAAAACGUUUAUUUAAAAGAAAAAAUAGCGGAAUGCCACAUACGCUUCAAUCGUAAUUGAGUCGGGAUUGGAUCUCAGUCGGAUGUGAAUCGUAUGUCGCUUAAGUAAAAUUAGGAGAAUUGGGUCCCUGAAAAUAGUUCGGUUAUCGUUAUAGUUAAAUGGUGAAACUUACUGGUAGUUAAGCAUAGUUAUAUUUUAAGUUACGCCGGAUUAUGAAUGAAAAUAAAUUAAGUAACUUAUUUAUACUUUUUUAAGGCAUUAAUACUUUGGUGUAUUUGUUUAAGAAUGAAGAAUUGUUUUCUGCGAUUUAUAUAAAUGAAUAAAUAAAAAAUAAUGUAUUACCUAACCUAAAGGAAGCGAGUAGGCCAUAUUGGCACAUUUUUGAAAUCAGCACAAAUAUCACAUUUUCAAAAUUACUGUUGAAGCAACCGCAUUAAAAUACAUUCAUACAUCUUGCACUUUCACAUUCUGCCUUUAAUAACGCCUUUUUAUCGACUGGGUGAAGUCGGAGGACUAAUAUUACAUAUAUACGGGGGUCUGAGGCACUUUCUGGAAACCCUAUUUGGCCUACAAAUACCUAAUAAGGUUACCAGCCCUAGUCUUUUCACAAAAAAGGUUUUUUGGUAUGUCUUAUCUUUCCAUGGGUUUCGAAAAGUAAUUUCAAUUUCAUAAAAAUGUUGUCACAAACACGUGAAAAAAUACUAAGUCAUCAUUUGUAAAUACAAUAUUUAUAACAUUAAUUGUCCAUUACGACUGUAAAAUGUUAUAAGAAACAUUUUGUAACAUGUCAUUUAGGUCAAUUCAAUAUCUGCAUGUUUAGCACACACAUAUCGAAACUUAGCAAAAUAUGUUCUCAGCAAUUAUUUACCUAAUUUCAUUAAAGAAUUGUACCAAGUACUUACUUAAAAAAUAUUAAUAUCUUGUACUCGACUUUAACUGGCCUAUAUUUAUUUAAUGGGAAUCGCAUCAGUGUUCAAAAUUACCAAACACUAGCUUCCGCCCGCGGUUUCAUCUGCGUCCUAAGUGAAAUAUUUUUCAUACAUGGUUAAAAUGUAGCCCAUAUGUCAUUCUGAUAUGUCAGCAAGUUUCACCAAAUUCAUACAGUAGGUAGUUAUUGCGUUAAAGUGUAACAAACAUACAUGAGCACAUCUAUACAUUCUUACACACUUUCGCGUUAACCAGUAGGGUUUAAAUGCAAAAUACCUAACAGAACAGAACCUGUUAAUAUAGUCAGGGUGAAUUGCACCAUUUAACUAUAACGAUAACCAAACCAUAACCAGCCGUAUACUUGCCGCGCAUUGCUCACAUCGGCGAUUUGACAAAUGAAAAUGGUUCGGUUAUCGUUAUAGUUAAAUGGUGCAACUCACUGUUAGUUUGAAUACGUGACAGGUUGAUCCUAAAGAUUUCACAUUUUAUAAGUUCAAAUUAUUAUUAAAUAUUCUGUAGAUAAUACUUAUGUUUUAGAUUUGACGCCGUAAUGUCAAUUGGCUUAAAUUAUUACUUAGUUAUAUCUAAAUUAAUAAUAAUUUAUUAAUAACAUUAGCAGCGCAAAAUGUUAUUUGACGAGAAAUCUUCAGAUGAGAAAAGGUCCUAUUAUUUAUUGAAUUAUGUUUUUUUUAUGAACGAUGUAUCUAAUAUCAUAAUGACAAUGUAUAAUUUGAGUAAUCAUACACCGCAUACUAAACAGUCGACCGACAGUUGAUGAUAUGUAGUAUGCAAAUAACAAAGAUCAGGUAUUUAGCCGGUAUCAGACCAACUGAAAACUUGUCAUGGUAUGAGCAUGUAAUGAGGAGGGAUGAUACGCAUGCAACAAAGUGUGUGCUAAAUAUGAAUGUAGAUGGAUGGAGAGAAAGAGGAAGACCUAAGAAAAGAUGGAUGGAUUGCCUGAAAGAUGACAUGAGUAGGAAGGGAGUGAGUGUCAGUAUGACGAGUGACAGGGGAAAAUGGAAGAGGAUGACAUAUUGCGCCGGCUAUAAAUAAAAUUGGGAACAGGGCAGGCAGAAGAAGAAGACCGACUAAAACUUUGAUCUGAAUCAAGAUUUUCUUUAAAAAAAAUGCUAACCAUUGAUUCAACUGUCGCCCGACUGUUUAGUCCGCAGUAUAGGUACUUUAAGUAUAAAAUAAUGAGUAAUAUAUCAAAAAUACAUACAAGUUUAUAAAGCUAUCGUGUAAAAAGAUUUUGUAUACAGCUAAAAGCACAGAUUUAUGUAUCAAAUAAAUAAAUAAUAAAUAUAAGAAUGCUAUAAAUGAA